AUGGUAUUUGUUGAAACAAUUUUGAAUGAUUUGGUUUAUCAGACAAACUUAUAUGGCACACAGAAAAAUAAAACACUUAGAAUACAGAGAGAAGAUAUGCUGGUAUUCUUAGACUAUUGGAGUACAUCAGAUGAUCUUGGAGUUAAACUUGUGUCAAAUGCUUUGUCUAGAGAUAUGUUUGAAAAAAUUCUCAUUCAUCUACACUGUAAUGACAAUACACUAUUGCCUAUAAACAACAAAGAUAAGUUAUUCAAAUUAAGACCAAUAAUAGAUAAGCUUAAUGAAUCUUUCAAACGUAACUAUUUUGGUACUAGACAAGUUAGUGUUGAUGAAAGUAUGGUGAAAUUUAAGGAUAGGUCAACAUUGAAGCAAUAUAAUCCGAUGAAACCAGUAAAGAGAGGUUACAAAAUUUGGAGCCUAGCAGAUCAAAAAGGAUACAUGUUAGCUUUCAAAAUUUACCAAGGUAAAGAAGAAAUUGUAAAUCACGAGUUUGACAAAAUAUAUGGACUGGGUGAACGAGUGGUUUUGGAACUUACCAAAUCAAUUUGGAACGAACAACGAGAAAUAUACUUUGAUAAUUAUUUUUCUUCACUACCUUUAGUGCAGAAACUAAAACUAGAGAACACUCUAGCUCGCGGAACAAUAAGGACAAACAGAAAAGGGUUACCUACAGAGAUGUGUACAGACAAAAAAAUGAAAAGAGGCGAACACGAUAAAAAGUUUUUAUCAGAUGGGAUUUCAUUUUUUAAGUGGAUGGAUAAUAAGGCCGUCAACUUUAUAUCUAAUUUUCAUGGUUCCGAAGUUACAUCUGUAAACAGAAAAGAAAAGAAUGGUACUUCAGUUUCAGUAACAUGUCCAACUGUGGUCUCAGAUUACAAUUCAUAUAUGGGUGGAGUAGACCAUGCUGACAGAUUACGUGCAUUGUAUGAUAUAGAUAGGAAAUCUCGCAAGUGGUGGCAUAGAUUGUUUUUUGGUUUGAUCGAUAUUAUGUUUGUAAAUUCUUAUGUAGUUUAUUGUACCUUAUUUGAGAAAAUUCCAGUGUUGGAAUACAGAAGAGCUGUUGUACGAGACAACAAUAAAGAGAAGAUACAAAACAAGAACUAUAAGAAUACGGACAAUGAAGGAGCAACGACUACAACAGGAGCACGGAAGCAGGGACCAUCAUCUUCAAGUAAACCAAGAUGUUAUGCAUGUGGUUAG